UUUAAAUAAAAACGCAAAUAAUGUUUUAUUCUUGCCGUAGAAAUUAAAAUUUUCAAUAAAUUAACUCGUAUUAGGUCAAGCAAAUAAAUAUAUUAACAUGGAAGACGUUUUGGAUGAAACAGUCUCGUCAGAAGAUUUGCAAAAGUUCGAGAAGGUGUUUCACGAGCAACUGCAUCAAGGCAAGGUGACGCACAAGGCGCAAUUUGAAUAUGCGUGGUGUCUCGUGCGGAGCAAAUACCCUACGGAUAUAAGGAAGGGCAUAUUACUUCUUAAAGAGCUGUUCAACUCGCACCCGGACGGCAAGCGCGACUACUUGUUCUAUCUGGCGAUUGGUAACGCACGCAUCAAGGAGUACAAUAAGGCACUGCACUAUGUGAAAGCAUUCCUUGAAAUUGAACCUGCGAACCAACAGGUUGUAGCACUUGAGCGUCAAAUAAACAAGCGAAUGGAGAAAGAGGGACUGAUCGGUAUGGCGGUGGCGGGUGGUGCGGUGCUGGCGCUCGGCGGCCUCGUUGGGCUUGGCAUCGCGCUUGCCUCCAAGAAAUAGCAUUGGCUGUUACUAAUGAACGCCAUUCUUGGUGUUCAUUACCUCUUCGUCAAGAAGAGCCCCAGUCAGGAGUAGCGACGGCGC